UCAUAUAUACAAGGAGUGAUAUCAGUUAGUACUAGAAACCCAGGUGAAGAGUAAUCAGGUCGAUCCGAUGGAGUCGAAUCGUAAGCGCAGAGGGUUCAUGAAGGGGAAGUUGGUGCCAUUCUAUCGUGCUUCCAAACCUUCGUCAAUCUCAACUACUACAACCAAUACAACUAGCAAGCAGUCUAGCAUGCAAUACAUGAUGAGCAGCAAGGUUAAGCCGAGCCAGGCCUAUCCCUUACCGUCUUCAGUAGGGUUUCUGGUUCACAACCAUAAGGACUAUCAUGUCAUCGCAACUCAGGCUCAGGCUCAACCUAAACAGAAGAUUACCUUCAUAGUUCCACCUUCUCAUGAUCGCAAGCAGCAGCAGCAGCAACAGGUCGAUCAUAACCUUGUUGGUGAUGACAUGGUUGAUAUGAAGGCGGCAACCUAUAUUUCAUCAGUUCAAGAACGUUUCAAGCUUGAACGUAACAAUUAACUCGAUCAUGAUCGACCCAUAUUUUAAGUCCCAUAUAUACCUAGAAACUAGAAAUUAAAGGUUCUAGCCAGCUACCUAUUAGUAUAUCUAGACAUCUAGCUACAAUCUAGCUAAGUCAUCAAACAGUUUGGUCGAUCUCGUGAUAAGUCAUCCCCGAAUAUAAAUAUGUCCUGGAAGAAAGAUUUGUUUUACGUGUAUGUAGAGAUCGGAUUAGGAGACGUGCUUGGUUUUCAUUAUUUGUUGAUUAAAAAUUGCUGGUAUGAUUGAUAUUUCUGGCAUGUUAAUCUAUCUAGGUGCUUAUUGCGUAGAUUGAGUUCUGGCAGAU